AUGCUCCAAGUCAAAUAUCCAUCCUUAUUAAACGCAAAUAAUUUCAUUAGUCUUCCACAAUACGAGUCAAGGUUCUACGAAACUGAGCGCAAGACUCCUGUUACACCAGACAACCUGGUCCUGCUUGUACAAAAUCUUCUGGGAGAGGAGUUGAAGGAGGCACCUUCAGAACUAUUUGCCCGGAAUUCGUACAAGAAUCGUCUAGAAAUAUAUCUCGCCAUUGCAUCGUACUGCAAGCUGAUCAUCUUGUCGCCAAAUCUCUCCAAUUUUAGUAUAUCUUUGCAAGAUGUGUUCCAGAUUUGGGAAUUGCGUAUUAAUCUGUUAUUGAUGGCCACUAGUUUGCGUGUGCCAGGCUCGAGCUCUCAGAUCCCGCCAAUUCCAAAUGCGCAGUUCCUGAGAAAUGAAACAAACCUGUUUUUGAAAGAACUGAUUAAGCUUGAUGACAAGGAAACUUUACCCAAGGAGCUAAGCUGGCAUUUCAAGCUGCUCAUCAACAGAAUCAAAUAUGGCCCAAGCUUGAUAUUAGUCAACCAGCUAUACAAUGAACUUCUGCAAUUGCGUGCAACUACCCCGAGAACUACAAAGGAUUUGGCGAAUAAAUCAUCCAUCAUACUCUAUAAUGUGUGCGCUAUCAUGAUCGCCAGAAAUGAGCUGCUAACCGUGUUCAAUCUGCUGAACCAAACACUCGAAAGCGACUCCGACAAUCCACAACAAGCAAUUCUUGCAGCCUUAGUGGGCUGCCUAUACACAUUCAAAGAAAAAGGCUCGGUGUCAGAUAGUGCACCGUUUUUCAAGGAAAUUGUCGCGGCUUUUGAGAAAACAGAUAGCCGGACGCUCAGUUUGCUUGUCACAAUCCUGAACUCUGUGAAACCGGUUUACAAUGAAGACCAUUCUACUACAAUGGCGAUGGAGAAGGAGCACAAGUUUACGUUGCAAGAGAUCAUUAGUCUAGUAGAGGAUGGCAAGAUUAGUGGACGCAUUCUGUGCAGUUUGUGCGGACUUUUCGAGGUAGAAAGGCUGACCAAGAACGGCGAGUCAGAGUUGGAUAAGUGCCUCGACCUAGUCCAUCAACAAUGGACAUCGCAUGUCCAGAAUAUAUACGCAUUUGAAUAG